AUGCUACAAGGGGAGCCAGAUGAAGCAACGGCGGCUGCCCAAAAACUGUACGAACUUUGCGAUGUUGCCCACAAAGACAAUCGGGAACCAAUGGUUGCUUCCGGAAAAUACGAUGUCUUAAAUCCACUUUCUGAAUGCCUUCUACAUGACAAUCCCGAAAAGCUACAUUUUGUGUGCUUGGUAUUGAACAAUCUUUCCAUUCCUUACGAUAACAAACGGGUGAUGGUGCUGGAACGAGUCGCAAAGAAACUAAUUCAAAACCUGUGCAAAGUUAUUCAGCAAGGGAAGAAACAGACAUACCUCUGUAUCAUUUGCCUUACAAACCUAUCAUACUAUGAGCCUGGAAUCAAAGCAAUUGGUCAAUUUUCACCGAAACCAAAGACCCAAAGUCGAUGGAAGCGAAGCAAGAUUCCACCCUUGGAAAACCCAAACUCUCUGAUGCGAAUUAUGCAAGAACUGACCGCACAUGCCACGAGGGGUACGGCAGAUUUUCGAUGGGCCUUUGGUCUCCUGGCUCAAUUAUCAAAGAAUGCCGAUAAUGCUAUUCUGAUAUCACUGACCGCAAUCCCACAAGUCGCCAUUAAUAACAUCAGGUUGUCCAAAUCGAAACCAUCGGAAUGGAAGACCAACUCAUUGGAAGACUUUUCUCUGUUUCUCCUCAUGUAUCUUGCCGAGGUAUCGGGGGCUUCUCUAACGGAUAAGGCAUUGGAUGUUGUGGAACCCAUCAUGCAAAAGGAUACUGGUGUUCAGGGGCUCAAGGCUACCAUGAUGUGUUCGUUCAUGGAAAUUCCGUGGGAGAAAUAUCCAAACUAUGGUGUCGUUGCGGGCGGUAUAGUAUCGGAGCUCAUGUCCAAUACAUUUGAACGAAAAGGCAAGAAGAAUGCCUACGAUGGCAACGUCUUUCAGCUUCGGACGGCAACUAGAGCGUAUUCCCUCCUGGCUAAAGCUGCUGGCAAGGCGGACGCUGCCGCAGAGAAUAAGAAGGCGCUGGUAAAUUCCAAAGUGGUGGCACUUCCAACAGCAAUUGCUCUGUUAUUCCAAAUGCUUUCAGAAAUAACCGGCAACUACAUGGAUGACGACGGCGAGCAUUCCUUUACUGGAUUCUACGAUCCGAAAUCGGGCGAAUUCGCAGUUGCCAGCAUUUCUUCACUUUUGCCAGCAUUGCUACAGCUGCCCGAUCCACCACGAGAAUCUGUAAGCUCCGAAAUUGCUUGCUCGGCAGUUGCCCAGCUAUUUGAGGAUUUUGCGACUGUUGCAACAUCCGUUCCUGCCAAAGCCAAGGCGUCCGAAACGGCAGAAAAAAUGAAAGAACACGCGGGGACUGCUGUUCCUCUCUUGGAAGCAUCUUAUGAUCUAUGGCAACAUGCAACGGCAUCAACGAAAAGCUUAUUCUUCAAGUAA